AGUCUCCACUUUGACAUGACGUUCAAAGGCGUUCCCAAGUUAAGACUAACAGCCAUGAGCCGGCUGUUCUCACGACUGCAGGCUCCCGUUCCGACAGUGAGAGCCUUUUCCACCCCCCAGUCCUCACCUCCUGUGGCCGGUGCUGCCGUGUGGGCCCUGGGGCGGCUCAACCAUGUGGCCGUGGCCGUGCCGGACCUGGAAAAGGCCCGGGCGUUUUAUCGGGACGUUCUGGGGGCCCGGGUCAGCGAGGUGUCCCCUCUUCCUGAGCACGGGGUGUCUGUGGUUUUCGUCGACCUCGGGAACACCAAACUGGAGCUGCUUCACCCACUGGGAAAGGACAGUCCGAUCGCGGGGUUUCUGCAGAAAAACAAGGCCGGAGGCAUGCACCACGUCUGCAUUGAGGUGGAUGACAUAAGUGCCGCUGUGAUGGACUUGAAAGAGAAGAAGAUCCGCAGUCUAAGUGACGAGGCCAAGAUCGGGGCCCACGGAAAACCCGUCAUCUUCCUGCACCCCAAGGACUGCGGGGGCGUCCUGGUGGAGCUGGAGCAGGCCUGAUGCGUGUGAGAAGCUGCGAUGGUGGCCGGGAAGCUCCUCAGGGUACUUGGGCUUCGAAUCCUUCACUCCUUCGGUCACUUCCAAGUUAAAAACCAGAUUACAGAAUGAGAUUCAAAAAAUUACAUAUACGUGUGUAUAUAUACAGUGUGUGUCCCCAAAAAUGUAUACACCCUUGGAAUAAUUAUGAAUUCCAAUGGGUUAAAUCUGAAAAGAAAGACACAUCAAAUGAGCGUCAGCUAAGUGUAUCUACAUUUUUUGGGGACACACACACUGUGUGUGUGUGUGUAUGUGUGUAUUUGAUUUGGAGAACAUUUUGAUCACUGAAUGCCUAAGGAAUAUUGUUAAAAUCAUAUUCAUAGAAAUAAAUUCUUCCUGUUCUACAA